AUUUCCGGGCGGCUCCGGGCUCAGAGGCGGAGCCGGUGCAGGGAGGGAGUUUGGUCAUCUGACUCGGUGACCCGGGAACAGACGCUUCUUUUCCUGCAGCCGGGGCAAGAAGGCAGGUGGGAAGACUGCCGGGACAGACCGCGGAGCAGCCAUGCGACAGUCCCCGCACCGAGCCCCCGGGCUGCUACUGGCGCUGGUGGCGCUGGCGGCGCUGGUGGCGCAGGCCCCAGCCCAGCAGAGACCGGCGCUGUGGCCCUUCCCGCGCUCCGUGAAUAUGUCCCCGCAACUGCUGAACAUCGCUGAGGACUACUUCCUCAUCGUCCACGGCCGCAAUUCUACGGCGGGCCCCUCCUGCUCGAUACUGCAGGAGGCCUUUCGGAGAUAUUACAACUACAUUUUUGGUUUCUACAAGAGGCAUCUACGCCCUGCUCGAUUUCAUCCGGGACCACAGUUAGAGCAACUGCAGGUCACAAUCACUCUUGAGCCACAGUGUGAUUCCUUCCCUAACAUGUCUUCCGAUGAGUCCUAUUCUCUACUUGUGCAAGAACCAGUGGCUUACCUCAAGGCCAACAGAGUGUGGGGAGCAUUACGAGGUUUAGAGACGUUUAGCCAGUUAGUGUACCAAGACUGUUAUGGAGCUCUCACCAUCAACGAAUCCACUAUUAUUGACUUUCCAAGGUUUGCUCACAGAGGAAUUUUAAUUGAUACAUCCAGGCACUACCUGCCCAUGAAGACAAUUUUAAAAACUCUGGAUGCCAUGGCUUUUAACAAGUUCAAUGUUCUUCACUGGCACAUAGUGGACGACCAGUCUUUCCCGUACCAGAGUAUCACUUUUCCUCAGCUAAGCGACAAAGGGAGCUAUUCUUUGCGUCAUGUCUAUACACCAAGUGAUGUCGAUACGGUGCUUGAAUAUGCCCGCUUCCGAGGGAUUCGAGUUAUACCAGAAUUUGAUACCCCUGGACAUACACAGUCUUGGGGAAAAGGUCAGAAAGGCCUCCUAACUCCAUGUUACAGCCAGAGGAAGCAAACGCAAAGGGUUGGACCUAUAAACCCAACUCUAAAUGAAACCUAUAGAUUCCUUACCACAUUCUUCAAAGAGAUCAGCAGUGUGUUUCCAGAUCAGUUCAUUCAUUUGGGAGGAGAUGAAGUGGAUUUUGAGUGUUGGGCAUCAAAUCCAAACAUCCAAAAUUUCAUGAAGAAAAAAGGUUUUGGCAAGGAUUUUACAAGACUGGAAUCUUUUUAUAUUAAAAAGAUUUUGGACAUUAUUACAUCCUUAAAGAAGGGCUCCAUUGUUUGGCAAGAGGUUUUUGAUGACAACGUGCAGGUAAGAACUGUGAAGACUCCACUCGGGGCUGAGUGCUGGUCACAGUGGGAAAGACUGCCUGCUAUAGCACUGAGCCAGCGUGGGAAUAAAGGUUCUGGUGCCUACAGGAAGGGAACAUGGGAUGACUAUAGAGAGGGAGCCAGUGUUGUACAGCUUAACUCCUUUCCCUUCAACCACUUUAAUGCAGGUUCUGAGAAGGAGAAACAACUAGUCAUUGGUGGAGAAGCUUGCCUGUGGGGAGAAUUUGUGGAUGCAACUAACCUCAUUCCAAGAUUAUGGCCUCGGGCAAGCGCUGUUGGUGAACGGCUCUGGAGCCCUCAAGCUGUCACUGACCUAGAAGAUGCCUACAACAGACUGGCGAUCCACCGGUGCAGAAUGGUCAGCCGUGGAAUAGCCGCACAGCCUCUCUUUACUGGACACUGUAGCCUUGAGUACAGAGUGGAAGCGUGAACAGAAGUCCACAGCAGUCUGAGCUACAAUCAUGUUGGUUGUGAAAUCAUGUAAAAUUAAUAUUUGCUAGGUAUUUUUUAAUAAACCAUCUUUUUAUUGAUUGAAUCUCUAUCUGUAUCACACACUAAAUACUGGCAUCUUUUAUUUGAGCAGCUUAAAAAAUAAAAGGAAAAGCUUUGUGAUA